AUGUGGGAUCUUGCAGCCUGCAAUAUUUUAGUGGAUAGUGCAGGAAUACUGAAAGUGGCAGACUUCGGCCUCUCCCGACCUGGAGUAUACGUACAGACUCGGGCUAGAUCGGUGCCGCUGCGCUGGUUAGCACCAGAGGCAAUCUUCCACGCACAAUACUGCAGCGCGAGUGAUGUGUGGGCCUUCGCUGUGCUGCUAUGGCAGAUAGCUACACUAGGCGGCUUUCCAUAUGCAGUGCUGAGCAAUCAUAAAGUACCAACAUUCUUGACGAGCGGCGGUCGACUGCCGAAACCAGCGCGUGCCUCUGCUCGACUCUACCAGUUAAUGACCGAAUGCUGGUCGGAGAACCCCCAUGAUCGUCCAACGUUCGCCCUCAUAGUGGAGAAGCUUACUGCCCAGAGGGAACUCUACGUGGACCUCGACUGCCUUUACCCAGCAUCCGAAGACCACCUGACCCCGUUGAGUGACUACUUUAGCACGGCGAGUGUUGACAGUGAAACCUUCCGGUGA